AUGAGGCUACCUCGGGGCGUUGUGCAGGCAGCAACAGCAGCAGGAGCAGCAGCAGCAGCAGUAUCAAGAGGAGCAUCGCCUGCAGCCACAAGAGGGCCUACAGCAGAACCAGCAGCAGCAGCAGCAGCAGCGCCAGGAAGGGGAAAGCGCGGAAGAGGAGGGGCACGGGGCCGGGCUGGGAGUGCCAAGUGUGCCUACCCCAGUUCUGACGAUCUUCUAUGGGGGGAUGGUCCACGUGUACCAGGACGUGCCUUCAGACAGGGCCCAGGCGAUAAUGCUAUUGGCUGGAUCAGGCACCACCGCCUCCUCCUUCCCUCUCCCCCCCAAUCUCCUAACCGCGCAGCACUCCUCCAUCUCCACCCCUCGCAGCCCUCUCCCUUCUCCCUCCUCCCUCACUCCCCCACACCCGUCCUCUCUCCCUUCACCCAGCCACCAUCACUCACUCGCCUCUGGCCCCUCCUCCUCCUCUGCCCAGUACAUUUCAGCGCUGCUCUCUUCUCCAUCUCACUCUGCCCUCCCCUAUGCUUCUGCUCCUUCAGUCUCCUCUCUGUCUGCCGCUCCCUUCUCGUCGCCCUCUGUUGCUCCCUUCGCUUCUUCAUCUGCUCCUCCCCUCGCCUCCUUGUCGUCCCAACCCUUGAGAGCAAUGGAUAA